AUGACGACGCAGUCGGCGGCCGCCAAUUGGCGCAACGUCUCGCUGCCCACCGCCGACGCCAAGGCCCCGCGCGCGUCCUCCACCACCACCAGCAGCAGCAGCAGCUCCAGACGGUCCAAGUCCCAGCCCAAGAAACAGACGCAGCCACCGCCUUCAGCCAGCCACGUCAAGGUCCAAGCCGCUCCUUCUGCUUAUGACCGCGGCGUCGCUCGAGCGCGCUCGUUCACGGCCACGGCAACGGCCACAGAGCUCGAGACGCGGCUCCAGCAGCUGCUCCGUCAGCACCAGUUCCUGGACGCGGCCUUCCUCAUUGCAGCCAGCACGCAUUUGAGCGCGCGCUUCGAGACGGCGGACGUCGCGCGGCUGAUGCUGGACCAAGCCAAGUCUCCUGUCGCGCUGGAACAAGCGGCGCAGCUGGUGCGGGACCUCAAGCUACAGCAGAACGACGCGCUCGUGACGCUGCUGAUCAAUGAACUGGUGCGCGCCCAGCAGUGUAGCGCUGCCGUUCGCCUUGCACAGGAGAUGGUGCCUGACUUUGAGCAGCUACAGGAGAAGAAGCAGCAGCUGGGUGGUGGUGGUGCUGCUGCUGCUGUGGAGCGGCCGUGCUGGACGCCGGUGGCGUUGAUUCAAGCCAUGGUGCGUGCUCGAAAGUAUCGAGCCGCGUUGAAGUUUGCCAAGCAAUUUGGACUGCUGGAGUUGUUUCCCGCCCCUCAGUUGGUAGCUGGGAUGCUAGAGGUCAGGAGCUGGGACGAAGCGGUCUCGAGUAUUAUUGAGAUGCAGCUGUUUCGGGAGUUUCCAAUGGCGUCACUCGCUCUUGAGAUGUUGCAACAUCGACAGUGGUCACUGGCUGUGAAGUGCGUGAACAAAAUGUCGGACACUGUUGCGAGGAAAAGUGAGUAUUAUGAAGCGCUCGUGCGCGCAACAGCAGACGUGGGAGACUUUGUGACGUCGUUGCGGUAUUUGCGCGAGUUUAAGCUUGAUGAGAGAAGUACCGACGCGACAAGGCACUUGCUGCGGUCCUUGGUGGAUACGAUGCUUGCACAUGGUGAGUUUUACAAGGCGAUCAAGUACGCGAUCAAGUUCAAGUUGGCCAAUAAUCCGCUAGAUGGUGCUGCUGCUGCUGCUACGAAUGGUGAAGAGCCAGUUUUGACAGAGCAAGAUGACACGGAGUAUUUGCCACAGUACAAUGUGGAAGUGCUCAUUCGUAGAGCCAUUGAGGGUGGACAGUUCCACGUGGCAACAACAUUUAUCAAGAGGUUACGUCUUCGCGAGGUAUUUGCUGACGAACUUGUGCUAAUUGAGAACGCACAGCAGAAGCGGCUACUGGAAUUCCGACAAUACGCACAAUUGCGGCUCGCACAAUAUCAUGAUCCAGCAGUGCAGCAAAACCUACAGGCUUUGCUGGGUGGUCAAGCAGAGGAUGAGAUGGUUGAACUGGAGCCGGUUGAAAGGGAAGUUGUCCUUUCAGAGACAGAGGAGGUCUUUCCGCGCAAGGACAAGGCGCAAGCCGACAAAGAAGAUGAGUGUGAAAGUGAAUUUACUGAGGAGGGACGUCAUGCGCACACCAAUACGAUCGGUGAAGACGAGCAGCAGGAGUUUGAUGCGCAUGCUGAGACUGUAAGUCAAUCGCGCUUCGGAUUCGCUCGGGAGACGUUACCUACACCGCUAUCAGUUCCAAGUGCUUCUGUCAGUCUGGACGACGGAAUCCCGUUUUGUAGCAAAUCAUCACGGCCGUCCGGAUCAGCACCUCCUCCAGGCUUGUCCGAGACCGAAUAUGUCGUUGAUCGCAAACGCGACGAUGCGGGUACCUUUAACUUUGCCGAGUUUGCCAAGUCCGUGCAAGCAAGCUGCCCACCACUCCCUCCUGGUGUCGCCCCACCGCUACCGUCUUUUCACCAACCACCAGCUCCGCAGGAGCAGCAGCAACAAGAGAUGCAGCAGCACCAGCUUUUAGAUCAGCAAGAGCACAGCAGAGCGAUGUUUGGACAGUCCAUGCUUCCCAUGCCAAAUGCUCAAUUCAUGAGCGGGCCGCAGGGAUAUCCCAUGCCCCCAACGAUGCCACCGCUAAAUUCCAUGCAUUUCUCGCGAGGAAACGCUACGCCUGAUGCGAUGCAGUCACGUGGUUACGUGGAGCCGCCACCUCCCCCUCUGCCCCCGUCGAACAGUGGAGGUGGCGCUUUUGAUGUUGCUGCGCUCGCGAUGCAAUUCCACAACAAGGGUAGCAGCACUUGCCCGCCAGGUUUUCGCGGCUUCGGCGGUCCACCGCCACCGAUGGCUCCCGUAGGUAUUUUACCGAUCGGCCAACAGCCGCAACUUCCCGCGGGCAUGCCUCCUCUUCCUUUCCGUGUUCCCCUGCCGCAGUCGACUUUCAAGCCCAGCAUGUCGUAUGUGUCAGUCACGACUACUCGCCAAAAGAAGUAG